AUGGCUCCUGGCAGUACCAACACACCACCUACUACCCACACUGACUCAUCAUCUGACACAGAUACCAAUAUGACAGAACUACCACCACCUCCUCCUUACUCAAAGGAACCUACAACUCACAGUGGUAGCGACUCGGUCUCUCCAACUCAACGCACUGGUUCGUCGCCAUUCUCUAUUCACCACAUGCUAAAUUCUGAAAAUUUACAACACCAACAACAGCAACACCAACAGCUGUUACCAUUACCAGAUAUACCACCAGAGCUGAGGGAUUUGUCUGCUGCUCAUGCACUAACCCAGUUGACUGGAAGUGCCACUCCCCCAUCAGAUGCUGACACUAUGGUAACCACAGACCAAGAAGAUGACUUGGAUACCAAUGAGUCGCAAAGGCAGCAAAGACACCCUCUUGUCUCAACAGUGUCAAUGGUUGCCAAACAUCCAAUUGUUAUGAAUGCAGUAAAAUACUAUGAAACUUCCAAGCGCAGAUACUCUUCAUUCAACUAUGCUGCAGGAAUUGUUGAAGCUGCAGCAAUACCAGUGGUCACUAGAAUAGAAGACAACUUAAACACCAGGCAUCAAACAAGCAGGCAUGCAUCUUCAUCUUCAUCUUCGUCUUCAAUGUCACCUGGUAAUACACCGCCACCGACAUUGAACCACCAUACCAUGUCUUCCUUUGACAAUAAACAGAAGAAAAGAAGGUUGUCAACGUCGUCUACAAUGUCGACAAGGUCGACUGCAACUACCGCUACUACCGCAUUAUCCGGGAUCGUGCCUAGUUCCGAUGCAAAGAAGAGAUUACAGUUUUGUAUCCACAUUUUAAAGGCAGCUAAUGCAACAAUCAAUUCCAAAAUCAACUUCCUUCAAUUGAAACUUGACGAAACUGAAUUGGCAAUAAAAGAAAAGAGACAUCAGCUACAAACACAAAGGUCUAAUGACAGUUUGUUGUCUGAUCAAACUACUGAAAAAACCAAAGGUGAAAUUGUUGGCACUGUCAAGAAAAUCAUUCAUCUCAUACUGAACUUUCGUCCAAGCACUUUAACUACAACAACUGCGCCAACCACUCAAGCUAAUGCUGCAACAGAGACAGCUUUAGCAUCAGGAACUCCAGCAACUCCUACUACACCAGCUUCAUAUCAUCCAAAUACUUUAUCUCGCACUAGCUCAUACAAUGGAACUCCCGUACCUAGCGGCUCAACUGACAAUGCAAAUACACCAACCAGCACAUUAACGCCAACAACAUCACAUGGGUCUUGUUUACAAGAAUUUGAGUUGAAAAACACCAUCCGCGAUAUCAUCUUACGCUUACCUGCGUCAAUACAAAAUUGCGAAACUAGUGAAGGAGGCAAUGAUCGCAUAUUUGUGUUUGCAAAGGAAAGUUUGGAAAUGAUUACAAAGCUUACCAAUGUUUUCAGUGACCAGUUGGCUCAUGUUGAGUCAUGGGUUAAUGGCGAGAUUCCGGAGGACCCCAAAGCUGCAUCAACUGAGGAGGAAGUACAAGAGAAGACCAAACAUGAUGUGCACAUGAAGGAUGAAAGUGGGUUUGACCUGGUAAGUACCAGGUGCUCAAGUGAAGAGCCGGAUGGAAUCACCUCAGCAACAAAGAGAAUGAGAAUAGAUGAAUUGAUUGAGAAUUGA